GAUGAAUCGCAUGUAAGAAAAGAAAUUUGACAAAAGCCAUGCCUGCUGCGUGAGGUGUCCAAUGACGCUCCUCUGGCUCAGUCAUAGCUUCAUCCCAUCCACCAGUGGUUUUCAGGAAAGGAAAUUAAAGAUGGCCGAAUCAGAAGUUCAGGAAGGAAACUAUGAUAACAUGGUAAAGAUGAUGGAGGAACUGAAAAGAGAUUUAGAAAAACUCCUGGAUGAAAUGGAAAAACUAACAGUGGGGGCAACCUGGAUGGCAUUUGACAUGGUGGUCAUGCGUACCAACCUCGACCUGGCCAACUCCAUGAAGCGUCUGGAAGAUGCCUUCCUGAAUUGCAAAGAAGAGAUAAAGAAAUGGCAAGAAGUGCUAAUGGAAUUUAAAGGUGAAGAGCAAAAAAAAGAGUAAAUUGAAUUCAGUCAUGCUCAGAGAACUCCAACCCUUGGAAAAUCACUCCAGUCUUAUUUGUGGAAGUUUCACAGAUACUGUGAAAAAUGGAUUGGCUUUUACCUUCCUAAAA